GCUGCUGCUGCUGCUUUUUCAAACCGAGCGAUUCGUCAAAAUAUUAAAGUGCUGGCUUGUUCUUUAACCUCAACAGGGUCAAUGUAUAUAGACGCGUUCAAACGGAUCCUCUUUGAAAGGCUGAACUGCCUAAAGAGAAUGUGUGUGUGUCAGCGGCAUGGCAGCUCAUUUGCCAUGUCUAAGACAGCGGUGAAGAAGCUGCACUGGCGGUCCAAUGUGCAGGACACCUUCAUACCCUUGCUUGGUGCAUCAGGAGAGCUUGGGGUUGCAAUUGGCGGUGGAGCAGAUUAUGGAGAGUUUCCUUUUGUCACGUCGGCUCCAGGCGGCAGCCUCACAGUGGGAGAUAUCAUCCUAGAAAUCGGGGGAACACCUGUACUGGGGAUGACUUUAGGAGAUGUUCGAGGAGUCCUCAACUCCUGUCCCCAUCCUAUCCGUAUCAAAACCGUUUCACCAGGCUCCACAUUGUGCAAAGAUCUCAGGUUAUAUCUGAGUAAAUGUUUCACACCUGGCUCAGUGGACAGCCAGCUUCAGCAGGUCAUCAGAGAGAACCUCUACCUCCGAGCCGUACCCUGUACAACCAGACAGCCCAGAGAUGCGGAAAUCUCAGGGGUAGAUUACAAUUUUGUCUCAAUUGAGGAGUUUUUCUCCUUGGAAGAGUCCGGAGCACUGCUUGAGAGUGGAAAAUUCAAAGGGAAUUACUACGGCACACCUCGGCCUGUUCACAUAGGUCCAGAGAGUCCCCCCAUCACCUACCAGGAACACCGUAACCUGCUCAGAAACUUCCGCACACGCAGCAAAUCCCUCAGCAACCUGGAAAAGGCUGCAGACGAAGGCAUAAACAGUGAGGACGACUUAGGUAUCAUCUGA